CCCCGGGGCGGCGGGCUCGGGGGGCCCGGGAGGCCGGGUCCUGCCGUGUCGGGACUGCCCGGCAGCUCCGGCGGGGGGCACAAGGCGCGACCUGCCCCGAGGCUCCUGUCGGGCUCGGCUGUGCCCCUGUGAAAGGCCCGAGGCGGGGAGGGAGGCCCGAGCGGCUGGGAAAGCGAAAGCAGCGCUCAGAGACGCUGGUCGGUGACAGCAGCGUGGCGGUGCCCACCCCGCCCUUGUUGGUGUGUCACAGGCGGUGGGAUGUGGUCCGGGGCUGGAAGCUAGCAACAAGUGAUGUGUGCCAGGGGAUUGCAUCGAAAUCGCUGUAGACAUUUGCAGUCAGUGUUCCUGUACUGGAGAGGGUCCAGUGGAGGGCCACAAAGAUGAUGAGGGGUCUCGAGCAUCUCUCUUAUGGGGAGAGACUGCAGAAGCGGUGCCUGUUUAGUCUGGAGAAGACUGAGAGGGGAUCUCAUCAAUGCAUCUAAAUAUCUCAAAGGCAGGUGCCAAGAGGAGGGUGCCAGGCUCUUUUCAGUGGUGCCCAGAGACAGGACAAGGAGCAGUGGACAUAAACUCAAAAAGUUCCACCUCAGCAUGAGGAAGAGCUUUACGCUGAGGGUGGCAGAGCACUGAACAGGUUGCCCAGGGAGGUUGUGGAGUCUCCCUCUCUGAAGACGUUCCAAACCCACCUGGACACCUCCUCCCCAUGUAACCUGCUCUAGGUGACUCUGCGUUGGCAUAGGGCUUGGGCUAGGAGAUCUCCAGAGGUCCCUUCCAACCCUAACUGUUCUGUGAUACUGUGAAAUCACUGCAGACAUUUGCAGUCAGUGUUCAUCAGUGCCAGUGUACUAGACUCGAGUGUGUUACAGUGUCAUAUGAUCCUUGAAGAGAAGAAACAAAGCACUGACUAAAGCUAAUAGAGCUGAGGGAAGAUUAUCUGUGCUUGCAGAUUAUAAAAAAGUUCACAAUGGCAAUGCUGUGGAAGUUCAUGAGAGUAGCUAAAUAUUCUAAAACAGCUUUAUCACCAAAAGUAAAGGUAAGAGGAAUUCCCACCCAUUCAAGGCAUUCUUCAUCCAAGUCUGUACCUUCAGAUUUUGCUGCCAGUGCACCAUGCUCAAAUACUGUGGAACUGCUUGGUAAAACUUAUCCUCAGGAUGACUACAGCAAUGUCACAGAGAAGAUUCUUUCCAAGGUGGGGAAGAACUUGCACAACAGAAAACAUCACCCACUGUGGCUAAUCAAGGAGCAGGUGAAGGACCACUUCUACAAACACUAUAUAGGACGGCGUGGGACUCCACUCUUUUCUGUUUAUGAUGGUCUUUCUCCAGUGGUUACUGUACAGCAGAAUUUUGAUAGUUUACUUAUCCCUCAAAACCAUGCCAGCAGAAGGAAAGAGGAUAACUAUUACUUGAAUCGUGACCACAUGCUAAGAGCACAUACAUCAGCUCAUCAGUGGGACUUGAUACACUCUGGCCUAGAUGCCUUUCUGGCAGUGGGAGAUGUCUACCGCCGAGAUACAAUCGAUAACACCCACUACCCAGUCUUCCAUCAGAUGGAAGGAGUUCGGCUCUUCUCCUGUCAUGAGUUGUUCUCCAACAUUAAAGAUGGCGAAGGUUUACAGUUGUUCGAGCAAGGCCAUCGCACUGCCCACAAGCAAGAGUGUCACACCAUGGAGGCAGUGAGGCUGGUGGAGUUCAACCUGAAACAAGUGCUCACAAAGCUCAUGACUCACAUCUUUGGUGACGGACUACAAGUCAGAUGGGUAGAUUGCUACUUUCCGUUUACUCACCCUUCCUUUGAGAUGGAGAUCAACUUCCAAGGAGAAUGGAUGGAGGUCCUGGGCUGCGGGGUCAUGGAGCAACAGCUUGUUAACUCAGCUGGUGCUCAGGAUAAAAUUGGCUGGGCAUUUGGCUUGGGUUUGGAGAGGCUGGCCAUGAUCCUGUAUGAUAUCCCUGACAUCCGACUGUUCUGGAGUGAAGAUGAACGCUUCUUGAAACAAUUUAUUGGGCCUCACAUUUGGCAAAAAAUAAAGUUCCAGCCACUCAGCAGAUAUCCACCUUUGAUCAAUGACAUCUCCUUUUGGCUGCCUUCUGAGACAUACUCUGAGAAUGAUUUCUAUGAUUUGGUUCGAACUGUUGGUGGAGACUUGAUAGAAAAGGUUGUCCUAGUGGAUGAAUUUGCCCAUCCAAAGACGAAGAAGGUCAGCCAUUGCUACCGGAUCGUUUACCGCCACCCGGAGAGGACUUUGACGCAGGACGAGGUGCAUCGCAUCCAUCAAGCUAUUGAAGAGUCAGCAGUUCGAGAACUUGGGGUUGAGGGCAGGUUCUAGCACUGCUGGUCUGAAGCCCUAAUGACAGUUGCUUUUUUUCUUUCUUUCCUUUCUUUUUUUUUCUUCUCUUUUCAGGGUUUUAGUUUGCAAGAGAGGGGUUUUGUGACUGAAUGUAGAACAUGGAAAGCGAUUGAUAAAUGGGCAGUGGUAAAACUAGCAGGUAAUAAACAUUACUACUGAGAAAUCA